AUGGCUAGCCCACCAAAAAAACUAGUAGAGAACCCUCCAAAAAAAUCUGGGUGGAGCUGGUUCACGAGCUUUGAGUAUGACAAGGAGAACGACAAACCAGGCGAUGCACGUAACGUUCUGCUAGUAGUUGCGGCGCUGAUCACUGCCGUGACCUUCCAAGCCGGGGUCAAUCCUCCGGGAGGCGUUUGGCAAGACAAUGAAAAUGGUCACACUGCAGGAAGAGCCAUUUAUGCAACUCACAAGGCGCCGUUUUAUGUGUUCUUGAUAUCGAACACCUUGGCUCUUUCGAGUUCAAUCUUCAUAAUCGUAUUGCUUACUCAUAGGUUCCCUUUCCAUUUUGAGGUAAUGAUUGCCACACUUUCUAUGAUUGUGACUUAUGGCUCUGCUGUGUUUGCUGUGACCCCGAACGAGUCUGUGAAGUUUCGUUACAUAUUGUUCACGGCUGCUCUGCCUUAUGUGCUGAGAUUCUUGUUUCAGUUGUUCAAGAAGUAUAGACAUUCUGUUCGUUUUAGGUGUCAAAACCCAUUUUCCGAUUGCUAA